GUUCCGUCGCGUUUACCGCCUCCCUCUUCACUUGUUCCUCGGGAAUCCUCAUUAGAGUUCUCCGUUGCUGUCAUCGUCAAACUGAGGAAACACAUUGUCUGUCUCGAAAGUUAACAUUAUAAAACCUUCGCCCGUACGUGUACCCCCAGUGUAGCAGAUGGCAUCCCUGGUUCCCUCCUGGCUCCAGGCAUGACAGUCACCCCCACCCAAGACAAAGCUCAGCCCGGUUCACCCUCGUACAAGGACGCUGCAAGAAACUUCAGCUCCGACCCAGCACGGAUGGAUGAGGUGGAGGGCAUCCGGGGGAGGGUUGUCUUCGAGGAUGCCAUUUCCCUGGCUGAGCCCAUCAAUCUGGAAGAUGACCAUUACUCUGCGCUGCGAGGCGGGCUGGAGCGUGACAGUCAGAACCUGGAAGCAGAAUCAUGGAGCGCGGCAGCCAACCCAGACUACAUGCAAACUCUGGACCGAGAGGCCAUCAAAAGACAGGAUGUCAUCUAUGAGCUGAUGCAGACGGAGAUGCACCAUGUGCGCACGUUGAAGAUCCUCCGGCACGUCUACAUGCACGAGCUGCGCCAGUCCCAGCUGCUAAACGAAGACAAAGUGGACACGCUGUUCCCCGGCUUGGACGCCCUGCUCAAGCUGCACCAGCACUUCCUGGACAACUUCAAGUUGCGCCAAAGUCAGUGUCAAGAGCGGGGCAGUCCCAACAGCUACCAGAUCACGCAGCUGGGAGACAUACUCAUCUCACAGUUUUCUGGCUCGGUGGGUACAAAAAUGAAGGAGUGGUACGGCGUUUUCUGUAGCCGUCACACCGAAGCUGUCAGCUUUUACAAGGAGCAGCUACAAAGCAACAAGAAGUUUCAAAGCCUCAUGAAGAAAGUUGGUCAGCUGGUCCUGGUGAGAAGGUUGGGUAUCCCCGAGUGUUUCCUGCUGGUGACGCAGCGCAUCACAAAGUACCCCGUCCUGGUGGAGCGACUCAUACAGAACACUGAAGUCGACACCGACGACCACGAGUCUCUGCUCCAAGGCCUGGCGGCCAUCAAGGAUACCAUCUCCCGAGUGAACGACGGCGUCAGGCACUACGAGCAGGCCUCCCGCCUCCGUGAGAUCUACUUUCGACUGGAGCCCAAGUCGGUGGGGCGGCUGAAAGACGGCCAACUCAUCCGCCGGGAGGAUCUGAUCCAGGGCAACCGGACUCUGCUGCACGAAGGCCCUGUCACCUGGAAGUCUUCUGGCAGACAGAAAGAGAUACAUGCUGUGCUGCUGUCAGAUGUGCUCCUGCUCUUACAAGAUAAAGAUCAGAAGUUUGUUUUUGCUGCUGUAGACAAUAAACCGCCGGUGAUCAGCCUUCAAAACCUGAUUCUCAGGGAGGUGGCCCAUGAGGAUAAGGCCAUGUUCCUCAUCUGCGCGUUCAUCUCCAUGCCGCAGGAGGUGUACGAGAUGUACGAGCUGCACACCGGCUCCAAGGAGGAGCGCCUUGCCUGGAUGGGCCGCAUACGAGACGCCAUAAAUCGUUACGCGGAGGAGGACAAAGACUUCCAGGAACUGAAGAGUAGACUGCAAGAAUAUCGAGAGCGUUUAAAAGCCAGAGAUGAGCACAUCGAGCUGUGCCUGUCCGAGAAGUUGCACAUUUUCAGCGUCAUGUAUCAAGACAUGACCGGCCAAGAGAGCCCCGCAAGAAGGCUAUUGCUGCGAGGAGACCCCACUGAUCUCCAGCAGGGCGAAACAUUGCUCAAAGGAGCCCUCGAUGAAGUGGAAAGUCUUCAAAACCUGCUCUUUAGCACAAGAAAAUACCCCACUAACAUCCAGGUGGGCGAUCACGUAAUACCGUGGAGGUCACACGGGAGGGCCGAGGCCUCGGGGCCGGCCGACAUGAACCCAUCUGCAAAUCACACGUCUUCCGAUGGGGAUGCGGUCGACAGGCUCAGCGGCGGCAGCUUUGAAACCGACGACGCUCAGAGCCGGGAGCAGCCUGCCAACAGCUACACGUGGGGGCCUAGUUGGGCUUCAGCCGCCAGCGACUUCCAAGCUGAGGUGCAUGACCGUGUCAUACUGCUAGCCCAGAGGCUGUAUACAUUACAAGCCAUCGUGGCCCAGCAGGACAGUCAGAUCGAGCUCCAGCACAUCCUGCGGUCAGACGGCGGCAGAGCCUCGCGGCCCUCUAGCAGCACCUUGCUGGAGCAGGAAAAGCAGCGCAAUCUGGAGAAGCACAAGGAGGACCUGGCCAACCUGCACAAGAUGCAGGCGCAACACCGCGAGGCGCAGCAACGCUGGGAGAAGGACCGAGAGCGCCAGAGUGUCUACACGGAGGCGCUGGAGACCCAGCUGAAGCUGCGGGAGGACGAGUGCGUCCGGCGUGAGGAGAGGCUCCGCCAGGAGAAGGCGGAGUACGACAGGCAGUGGGAGAACUACCAGCAGGGUCUGGAGCGCCUCAGGGAGACCACCAAAGCCGUGGAGAGGGAAAAAGAAAGCCUGAAUCAGGAGAAAGAACGUCUGGAAGACAAGUUCAAGAAGUACACGGAGGCUCUGAACGCGGGGAACGUCAACUAUGAUGAUGCGUACGUCAGUCUGUCCAGCUACCAGUCAUUCAGGGGCAGCCUUGCCACCAGCCCGAACGGAGGCGCCCCACGUCCCCAUGUCCUACUGGCCAGCUCCCGCGACAAUAAGAAGGAGACGCCGCCUAAAGUCCCGCCGCGCAAGGAGAGCAUGAGCGUCCCUCCGGCGGCCAAGCCCGAGCUACCCGUGCACCUGGUCAGCACCACCAACCAGGUGCACAAGGCGGCCGGCGUGGUGCAGCAAAUCCCCACCAAGCUAGCCACCAAAGCCAAGGACAAGGGCUUCCGUAUGAAGGCGGCGCACCAGAGGGCCCACAGCGCAGCCUCCAUCGACGUGAGCCAGCUUGUGCCCAUCAGAGUGACGGGGAAGGAAGGAGGCAGUAUGAGAGCCGUCUCCCGCUCGGAUGACACGUCUGGUCAAGGCAGCAGCGUGAAAACGUCGCAGUCCUUCAUGCAUUUACGAAGUCAUGUGGAGGCCCAGGCCCCAGUCCCACCCCCAUUCCCCAAGGAAGUGCUGGAGAAGCCAAAGGAGAAGGUGAUAUUCAUUUAAUUCAUGCUGUUAUGGACUAAGGAGUGGAAGGACUAUGUCUACUUCAAGGUAUUGGACUCAAAUAUGUUUUUCUCAAAACAUUUUUGCGUGAGCUGGGGGGGGGGCAGAAGCCAUUUUGCACAGUGGAAAAAUAUGUAAUGUACUCAUGUUCUUAGAUUGCCAAACACUUUUUUUGACAAGUGUAUUUUUUUAUUCCAAAUGAAUGCUGUUUUAUGACCUUUCUAAUUUAAUGGUGUGUGGAAGCUACUGCAAAACAGAGUUCAGAACAAGCGCAGCUUUUGAUUAAAAAAAAAAUGCUGCAAUAUUGAAA